AUGAUUACAUCAGUAAUAAGUUCUUUAGCUAGACUGACUAAAAAUAUUUCCAAAUCCGUAAAAUCAACAGCCUUGUCUCCUGAAUUUAUCCAGGGUACCACCAUGACUGUUUGCAAUGCUACGCAGGGUCAUCCUUCUUUCUUCAUUCUUCAAGGCAUUCCUGGUAUGAAGGAAAUACACUUAUGGUUAUCUAUCCCCUUCUCUUCCAUGUACUUUAUCACUGUCCUUGGGAACUGCACCAUUCUCUUUACUAUCUCCACAGAGCGUACCCUGCACAAGCCUAUGUUUCUGCUCCUCUAUAUGUUAGCCCUCACAGACUUAGGCAUGUCUACAACCACCAUUCCCAAGGUGCUCUGCAUCUUCUGGUUUAGUCAGAGUGAGAUAAGCUUUGAAGGCUGCCUUGCUCAGUUGUUCUUCAUUCACUCCAUCUCUGCAAUGCAGUCUUCCAUUCUAAUGACCAUGGCCUUUGACCGCUAUGUAGCCAUCUGUGAGCCCCUGCGCUAUGCCACUAUCCUUUCCAAUAGUCGCAUUGCACUUAUUGGUCUAGUAAGUUUAGUGAGAGCCGUUCUAUUCAUCCUUCCAAUGCCUGUCCUCCUCCAGCAGAUGCCUUUCCGUGCCAAUAAUGUCAUCCCCACCACCUAUUGUGAGCAUAUGGCUGUGGUGAAGAUGGUGUGUGUGGAUACCACAAUCAACAGGAUAUACGGUCUUGUGGUGGCCUUGUUUGUUGUUGGACUGGACAUCUCAGCUAUUGCUUCGUCUUAUGUGCUAAUCAUAAGAGCUGUAAUGAGGCUCUCUUCUAAAGAAGCUCACCAUAAAGCGGUGAACACCUGCACUACACACAUUUGUGUUAUGCUUGUUUCUUACACUCCCUCUCUUUUCUCCUUUCUCGCUCAUCGUUUUGGCAGGGGAAUUCCAUCCCAUGUUCAUGUUAUUCUUGGUAAUCUCUACUUCCUUAUACCUCCAAUGCUCAAUCCUAUUAUUUAUGGGGUAAAAACCAAGGAGUUUCGGGAAAAACUCUCUAAAUAUUGGUGCUGGAAAAAGGAUUCCAUGAUCAUUGCCCAAGGUCAGAAACAUACUUGA